UCGCUCGUGUUCUUACAAGAAUUACUAGGGUAUGGCGUUUGCUUCUGGUGUCCGUCGCGUUCUCACUGAUCAGCUGAAGUCUUCGCCCCUUCUGCAAUGGCGAUUUACCCCAAUCCGUUUGAACUCUUCCUUGACCACUUCGAAGCUCUUCGUUAGCGGCCUUUCAAGAUUAACCACAGAUGAAAAGCUGAAAGAGGCAUUCUCUCCUUUUGGCCAGCUUCUUGAAGCAAAAGUCAUUACAGACAGGACUUCUGGAAGGUCAAAGGGGUUUGGCUUUGUAAGAUAUGCAACCAUAGAAGAAGCAGAGGAGGCUCGACAAGGGAUGAAUGCCAAGUUUUUGGACGGGUGGGUUAUUUUUGUCGAUCCUGCAAAACCUAGAGAACCAAGGUCGCCACCUAAACCAGAACCAGAGCCUUCAGAAACUGGCUUCAGGACAAACAAAACUAUUGGAUGGUGUGGGUGAUUCCCCUGAUUGGAAGAAUUUAGUCUUUGGAUUGUUUAAUUAGAAACACUUAUCCGGAUUGUGGGUGGAAUUAAAAUCGAGUGGAGGAAUUGGGUGUGUAU